AAGUAAUCUAAACACUCUCAAAAGCUUUACAACUACUACCUGAAAAUGGCCCGCACUAAGCAAACUGCUCGCAAGUCCACCGGUGGCAAGGCCCCCCGCAAGCAGCUGGCCACCAAGGCCGCUCGCAAGACUCCUGCUACUGGCGGUGUUAAGAAGCCUCACCGGUACCGCCCGGGGACGGUCGCUCUGCGUGAGAUUAGGAAGUAUCAGAAGAGCACUGAGCUUUUGAUUCGUAAGCUACCCUUCCAGCGCCUGGUGAGGGAGAUUGCUCAGGACUUCAAGACCGACCUGCGCUUCCAGAGCCAGGCGGUGCUGGCUCUUCAGGAGGCAGCUGAGGCUUACCUGGUCGGCCUGUUCGAGGACACCAACCUGUGCGCUAUCCACGCCAAGCGUGUCACCAUCAUGCCGAAGGACAUCCAGCUGGCCCGUCGCAUCCGUGGCGAGCGCGCUUAAGGGCAGACUCGUACAAAUACAAAUCAAUACAAAAAUCGGUGUUUUUCAACACCACCCUUUUGGGACGAAUGAUGUCACGCCUUGGGUUUAGGGUUUCCGUCGUGAAGAACGUUCCGGAGAAGCAUCAUCUGUUCUUGGCAGGCAAGUUAUGUCUCCAAAGUUUCAUUUGCACCCCUCCAGCACACUUCCCAUACACAACCUUUUACUAUGCUUGUAUCCAGCCUUCAACACGCGUGUGUACUGCUAUCGUAUUGGGAGACCGUUUCCCGGAAAAGCUUUGACAGCUCUUCUUAUACUUUCCAAGAUACGUCAUUCCAUAUGUGCCCCAUGCCUGACGGCUACAAUGGUAUGGCCAAGUAUCAGCUCGGUAAGCAUGGAGGACGUGAAGGGAAAGGGGUGGAUGUGGGCAUUCUAGGCUGCUUCAAGCUUACAUACCGGAUAGGAGGGUGCUGCCCCCAUUUGCCUCGAUUGGUGGGUCGGCCCUUGCAAACAAAGUGAUGAUGGGUCACGGGUGCGGCAUGCACUGGUUACAUCUGGGUGAACAUUCGGUAUACAAAGUAAGCUUCUGUGCUACUCCAACC